AUGAUGGACAACAUAUGUUGGUCUCUUUUGAACAGGGUGAAUUCAGACACUCGAACACCCAUGCUGGGAUGCAUGACAGAGCUAAGCACUGUGCAUUUCGACUGCUUAUAUCGUGGUAUUACAGCGGUGUCAAGUCGAGAAUCUAAACUCUUGGCUGGAAAUUGCAUCAUUGCACAGGUUGGAGCUCCCCCUGGAAAAGAACGAAAGCGUGAAUUUGUGGACAAUCCAAAUGGUCUGUUCUCUGCACAAGCUGCACCAAAGCCCCAACGGCCAUGUACAUAA